AUGGGCACGUCCUCUAGUUGGUCAUUUGGUCGUCGUGUACUGGAAAUGACCCAUGCAACACUGACUGGAGAGUCGCUUUUGCCUGAUAUCAACUCCCAACUCUUUGAUGGCCAUGUAUAUGACCUCAAUUGGGAUGGUAAUAAGGCCAAUUAUCAAGAUAUCUUCGAUGUCUCGAAUUUGCCGACUGCAGACUUUGCCAAAUACCUCAUCAGUUCUGUCAAAUUCCAUUGUGGGCAAUUGUUUUAUCUCUUUGAGGAAGCUACAUUCAUGGAAAGACUGGAAAUCUUCUACCGAAACCCAGCGAAGGAAGCUCAGACUUCUCCUUUAUGGUUCUGUCAUUUUCUUCUAAUUCUUGCUUUCGGAAAGAUGUUUGUCAUCCAGUCAUCUAGGAAGCGCGGUCCUGCUGGGAUAGAACACUUCCUUCAGGCUAUGCAAUGCAUGCCGGAUUUCAAUUUCUUCAAAGCAGAUCCGAUCGAAAAAAUCCAAGUCAUGUGCUGCGGCGCAUUAUAUUUGCAUUCCAUCCAUCACCGAAUGCCAGCUUAUCGCAUGAUCGGUACCGGACUCCGACUAGCUCUGGAGGAUGGCAUGUACACUGAAAUGCGCAGUAGCUGUCUUGAUGAAGAUUAUGUGCAGCGAUGUAACCUUGUUUGGUGGACAGUUUACAUCCUGGAACGUCGGAUGACAUCUCUGCUGGGAUUGCCAAUCGGUAUUUCAGAAGAGAGCAUAACUGCUCCGUACCCUUCCAUUCCGACACGAGCUCAGAGCCCGAAUGUCAUGGAGAUGCAAGUCAUUUUAUGCCAAGUAUUGGCAAAAGUGGACGCGACUGUCUAUGGCACCGAAGGCAAACUGGACAGUCGCUAUCUGAGUGCCACUCAGUCAGUUCUCCGAGAUAUUGCUAAAGUCACACAGAGACUGAAUAACUCGUUUGAUUUGUACACAAACGGAUCCAUGAGCGGUACCUCUCGCAUUUCAGCACACCUACACAUCUUGGAACAUCAGUGUAUCAUUUUAACUACACGACCCCUACUAUACAUAUUCCUACAGUCCAAACUGGGCCAGUCUGAUCCUGCUUUGAUGACAUGGCUCAAGUCCGAGACUGUCAAGACCCUUUUACACAUCUGCGUCGAGUCAGCACAACAGAUUCUAAGAAUUCUGUCAAGCCUAUUAGAGCAAGGAAUUCUAGGUAUGUUAAUUGAUAAAUCUACUACCUCGGAGUUAUUUGUGCUAACUUACGAAGAACACUUUCUACCCUUCGACAUGGAUGCGGCAUCCACGUCUACAAUAUCUCUUCUAAUAGCCGCCGCGAUUGAUUCCUCUCUCCUUCGAGAUCAUUCGCCGUGGUCACAGCGUGCCCAUAAAAUAUUGGAUCAGAUGGUACAACGUGGCAAUCACGCGGCUAAAUUGGUUCAGUCGGAGUUGAAGCAAUUGGACGGCGAACUAGCUCAAUUGGCAAUGAAAGAAGGUGUGGAAACAGCCCUAACGAGAGAAGCCUAUCAUCAGUCGACAGGAUUGGGUCAGUUUGUAGAGGCUGUCCCCCUGGUCACAGGUAGUGAGCAGAGUCCUUUGGAAGUGGAGUUGGAUGAAGGCUUUGGGCAACACUACGAACUGAGCCCGAAUCAGAUGAUGGACCUGGCUAACUCUUUAGAUCUCAACAGCCUGAGCUGGCCGCUUUCUUCUAUUCAUGAUAUGUCUGGUCUUGGGAUCUGA